AUGAAGAAGAAGAAGCUUCAUCGUCGUGCUAAAGCUGGUCAUCGAUCUCAUCAACCAUACAUCGGUAAUGAUACAUCCAGUCAGAAUGAAUCGAUGAAACAUGAUGAUGCUGAAACGGCUGGGAAGAAUGCUAUUGAACUGAGUGGUAAAAUAGCUACCGAAAUUGAUACAUGUGAAGAUGAUGAUAGCUCAUUGAGAAUUGACUUCUAUCCAUUCGCAUAUUCUCUUCAUGAUGAGCAGUUAUUAAGUAGAUGCUGGUAUUGCCUUGCAAAGGUUGACACACUUAAGCGCUGUCAUGCAUGUCGUAGAGGAAUGUUUUGCGACCAGAAAUGUCAAACAUUAGGAUGGAAGGAUCAUCGAUCGGAGUGCAAAGCGUUCAAAACGCAUGAUGCGAUGCCCAAUAUUGAAGUGCGUUUGUUGGGCAGGAUUAUUACUCGUUAUAAGGCAAUUAAACUGGGAAAAGACAAGGAGGACAAUAAUUUUUACAAAGAUCGCACAUCCAAACGGUCCAUUAUGGAUAUUUGGUCCCACACGGAUCUCAUUAAGCAGGAUCCUUCUGCUAUGAAAAAAUUCAAUGGUAUUUAUUCUGAUCUUCUUGCUUUCUAUGGUUCGAAAGCAUUGGUUAAUAAAGCUGAAGUAUUUGAGCUUCAUUGCCGAAACUAUAUCAAUCGCCACGCGAUCAGUGAUUGUGGUUACAUUGAGGAAAUCGGAAAAGGUUUAUAUUUGGACUUAUGUGCUUAUGAUCAUAGUUGUCGUCCAAAUGCCAUAUAUACUUGUAAUGGUUUUGUUGCAACAUUAAGGGGCCUUAAUGCUAAUGUUAACUUACGAAAUCUUAGUUCAACUUAUUACUCUUACAUAGAUUUAAUCAAUACGACGCAACAAAGACGUAAACUAUUGAAGGACACGUGGUACUUUGAAUGUCAUUGCACACGUUGUGAUGAUCCAGAUGAUUCUCUUCUUUCAUCCAUUCUAUGUCCAAAUUGUUCGGAGAAACGGGAAUAUUUAUGCAUAUUCGGUGAUGUGUCUUACAAAGAUCGGAAUACUCAAAUAAUAACCUGUCCGAAAUGCCAUAACAAAGUAUCUCCGCAGUAUGUUGUAGAAGCGAUAGCAGCUAUGCGUUUUAUCGAUAAAGUUGUUGAAAACCAUGAAGUUGAACAGAUGUCGCGUGAGCAAAGCAUUAGAUUUCUGACCGAUCUGAAGAAACGUUUUAGCCAGUUAUUAUCGAAAGUAAAUGUAUUUCUAUGCAAACUCAUCCAGCUCCUAAUUUCCCUGAUUGAUGUAUCGAACUAUCAGCAAUUAUUGGAUUUGCAUUUGGAAGCGGAAGAAUGCGUAUGCUUUUGUUUCCCAUGCAAUCAUCCUGCUGUUGGCAUUCAUUAUCGAAGUAUUGCUACUUUCUAUCUGAAAUGUAAACAGCCGCAUAGGGCUUUGCUUUAUUGUAAAAAAGCAUGUGAAAUCAUAAGAUUUACGUUGGGACCGAAGCAUCCAAUGACAAUCGAGACGGAUGCCGUAUAUAAGGAUGCAUUGCAUGAAGUUCAAGAAGCGAAAAAAUUGAUCUUCGGUGAAAAGCUGGACAGCAACGUACUUUUCGGAGUUGAUGCUAAUGUAAAAGGGAAUUUUAGUGAACAGAACAACAGUGUUCAGUGA